AUGAGUGAUAAUCAGGUCGAUUUCCAGUACGCCAAUGAGUGCGAUUUGGAGAUCCAUUGCUCACCGUUUGGGUUAUCGGGGGUGUACAUUAAAAUAAAGGGCACGAACAUCAUGGGAAUAGGCUCCACUAUGGGAUUAAUUACGGGUUCCACCAAGGGCUUGAUACACUACAAUGACUCCAAAGACUUGAUAAACCAGAAAUAUAAACUCUAUGUUGCCGUGGAGGAAAAUAACACGCUCAGGAUCGACUUUACAAAGAUAUUUACACUUUCGAGCGAUUCCAAUGGUGGAGAAACAAAGAAAGAGGGUUUUGACGAAGCGGCACUCAAAGCACUGGUUGGUGCUGGUGGAGAAAAUACAUAUGAAGAGGAGGAAAUACCCACGCUUGUGUUUACGGGAAGAUGUCCCGAGGGACGUCCGGACAAGAUCGAUCCGUUUAUAGGGAUAUUUUCUUUUGAGAGGGAGGAUUAA